CCCGCCCCCACCCCCGGGCGCGCCCCCGAGGCCUCCAGGCCGAGCCCCGAGCCCGCGCGCCGGGGUCCCCCGACGGCGGCAGGGCCGGCGAGGGCCGCGAGCAGGAGGCGAGGAGGAAGCGGCCCCGCGGGGGCCCGGCCAUGGCGCUCGACUUCCUGGCUGGAUGCGCGGGGGGUGUGGCAGGCGUGCUUGUGGGACACCCAUUUGACACGGUCAAGGUGCGGCUGCAGGUGCAGAGCGCGGAGAAGCCUCAGUACCGGGGGACCCUGCACUGCUUCCAGUCCAUCAUCAAGCAGGAGAGCGUGCUGGGCCUGUACAAGGGCCUGGGCUCGCCGCUCCUGGGGCUCACGUUCAUCAACGCGCUGGUGUUCGGCGUGCAGGGCAACACCCUGCGGGCGCUGGGCCGCGACUCGCCGCUGAACCAGUUCGUGGCGGGCGCGGCGGCGGGCGCCAUCCAGUGCGUCAUCUGCUGCCCCAUGGAGCUCGCCAAGACGCGGCUGCAGCUGCAGGACGCGGGCGCGGCGCGCGCCUACCGGGGCUCGCUGCACUGCCUGGCGCACAUCUACCGGCGCGAGGGCCUGCGCGGCGUGAACCGGGGCAUGGCCUCCACGCUGCUGCGCGAGACCCCCAGCUUCGGCGUCUACUUCUUGUCCUACGACGCGCUCACGCGCGCGCUCGGCUGCGAGCCCGGCGCCGCGCUGCUGGUGCCCAAGCUGCUGCUGGCGGGCGGCACGUCGGGCAUCCUGUCCUGGCUGUCCACCUACCCCGUGGACGUGGUCAAGUCGCGGCUGCAGGCCGACGGGCUCCGCGGCGCCCCGCGCUACGGCGGCAUCGCGGACUGCGCGCGCCAGAGCUACCGCGCCGAGGGCUGGCGCGUGUUCACGCGGGGGCUGGCCUCCACGCUGCUGCGCGCCUUCCCCGUCAACGCCGCCACCUUCGCCACCGUCACCGCCGUGCUCACCUACGCGCGCGGCCCCGACGGCGCCCCGGCCCCGGCGGCGGCGGCGGCGGCGGCGGCGGCGGCGGCGCGCGGCCUGGCCCAGCCCUCCAGCCUGUGACCCGGCCGGCCCAGCGGGGGACCCCCGACCCCGCUCCCCGCUCCCCGCACGCCUGAGCGCGCGGCGCCCCGAGACGGGGGGGGGGGGGGGGGCUCCGUGGACAGCGGCCGCGGAUCCUCCUGCGCCUGGCGGAGCCGCGGGGCGCAUCUCGGCCACCUGUUAGGUCUCCGUGUUAGGGAGCCUCCUGGUGCCCCGGACCGGAUCCUCUGCCCACGCACCUGCUGCCGCCGCUCCCACCGGAGCGGGACCUGGGGGACCCUCGAAGAGGCUUGGGACCUCCAGGCAGCCCCGAGUUAGCCCAGGGGCCGGGCUGGGUGACCAGGCACAGGCCAGUGGGAGGGCGGCUUGUGGGGUGAGGAGGGCUUGUCACCCGCCACUCCUCAGGCCGCAAAAUGGGGACAUGGGUCAGCCACUGUGAGGAGCCAGGGUUCCCUAAGGUGUGCGGAGAAGUCAGCAAGGAGAUGGGUACAGGGGGAUCCCCUGUACGCCCCAGCAAAUGAUGUCUGUCCCCCGGAGGCUCCUCAUGCUUGGUGUUCCCGUGAGGCCAUGACGUGGGGCGGGUCGGGGGUUGCCUGAUGGUGGACACAGGCGUGGCCUGCACUCCUGGGACUGAGCUGGGGGCAGCCCCGGCACAGCCAUCCAGUACAGGGCGGCCGUGCAUUUGCACAAGGAGGCAGAUGGUUUUGCACAUGGUGGAGGAGACUGUGGUCUCCUUUGCCCUGACUGGGGUUCAGCCUCUUGGGCAACGUGAAACGCUCUCCCAGGGGGUCAAGAAAGACCAGACUCCCUCUUCACGUGGUGUCACUGUUGCAUAGAAACUGCUGAAGGAAUAAAAUAUUCUCUGUUUUCUUAA